AUGGAGGUCGAAUUUGUGGCAUGGUUUGAGGCCACUGUUCACGGAUUGUGGUUGCGGAACUUUAUUUCGGGGCUUAGAAUUGUCGACUCUAUAGCUAGGCCGCUGAAAAUUUAUUGUGAUAAUUCUGCGGUUGUCUUCUUUUCAAAGAACGAUAAGUACUCGAAAGGGGCAAAGCACAUGGAGUUAAAAUACUUAUCUGUUAAAGAAGAAGUACAGAAACAAAGAGUGUUCUUUGAGCAUAUUAGGACGGACAUGAUGGUAGCGGAUCCGUUAACUAAAGGACUACCACCCAAAAUGUUUAUUGGCCAUGUAGAGCGUAUGGGGUCAGGCUCUCAAGUUGGGCGGAGCUUGACAAUUGACUUGUUGAAAACGCCAUAUAGUUUAUCAGAUGACAACUGGAUCACCGCCAUUGGCUGUAAUGUUAUGCUUAACGGGGUUAUUGGAGAAGACAAACGCAGUUCUAUUCAAAGCAGUUGCACAGCCAUUUGCUCCGACAGUCGUCGUAUCUAUGAUGAUGGUGAAACUUACGCAGAAUGCAUAUAUAAACCAACAUCUCAUGCAGAUGAUGGUUGUUGCAGGGUACCAAUUCCAAGAGGUACAACUUACCUUGAAUCAAAUUUGACUCAUCUCAGUGAACUACCGACAAGUCCCAAUAUUUAUUGCAGUUACGCCUUCACUGAAUACACUGAAACAAUGAGUGAAGAUUAUGGUUAUUAUGAAGGGGAAUUUAUGCUUACGAAUAACUCAAAAAUGAUCCCACUUAUCAAUGCACAUCCGAUCGCGAGCAUGGCAUUGGAUUGGAGGAUUGGAAGGAUGGAUUGCAAAGAAGCACGGCAGGAUAUCACUAACUUCGUCUGCCGAAAUAAUAGUGAUUGUGUUGAUUUUGAUCCUACGCUUGGAGGGUACCUCUGCAACUGCUCCAAAGGAUACACAGGCAAUCCCUACCUCAAUCCAGGAUGCCAAGAUAUUAAUGAAUGCGCUGAUGAUUCAACUAAUACAUGCGUCUCGAACUCAAUUUGCGAAAACGUUCCGGGGACAUUUCACUGCUCGUGUCCGAAAGGGUACAUUGGUGAUGGGAAAAAAGAUGGCACAAAUUGCAUUCUGCCACCGCCUUCCAAAACCAAGAUGACUAUCUUGACAGGUAUAGGCUCUGGAUUGUGGUUUCUUCUUCUAGUUUCAGUGUUCUUUUGGUUGUAUAAAUUGUUGCGAAAGAGAAAGGAAAGAAUGGUAAAAGAUAAAUUCUUCAAGCGAAAUGGUGGUCUUCUUUUGCAUCAACAGACAAAUGAAGGUGCACUUGGAAAAACAAAUGUUUUCCCUGCAAAAGAGUUGGAGGUGGCUACGGAUAACUUUAAUGGGAACAGAAUUAUUGGACAAGGAAGGCAAGGCACUGUCUACAAAGGAAUGUGGUAUGAUGGUAAGAUUGUUGCGAUAAAAAAAUCAAAGUUGGUGGAGGUGAAUCAGUUGGAACAGUUCAUAAAUGAAGUGGUGAUACUAUCACAGAUCAAUCAUAGGAAUGUGGUCAAACUAUUGGGGUGUUGUUUGGAGACUGAGGUUCCUCUGCUUGUUUAUGAAUUCAUGCCAAACGGGACACUUUUUGAUCUAAUUCAUGAUCCAAGUUGUGAAUUUCCAUGUACAUGGAACAUGCGUUUGAAAAUUGCAGCAGACAUAGCAGGGGCGGUAGCGUACUUACACUCUGCGUCUUCUGUGCCUAUCUAUCACAGGGAUAUCAAGUCAAGUAAUAUCCUCUUAGAUGAAAAAUAUGUUGUCAAAGUAUCAGAUUUUGGAACAUCGAGGAGGUCUGUUGCUACAGAUCAGACUCACUUAACUACUCUGGUUAAAGGCACGUUUGGAUAUUUAGAUCCAGAAUAUUUUCGGACCAGUCAAUUCACAGAGAAGAGUGAUGUGUAUAGCUUCGGGGUAGUUCUUGUCGAGCUUCUUACUGGGCAAAGGCCAAUAUCGCUUGAUAAAACAGAAGAGGAAAGAGGCCUAGCGACCCGGUUCCUUGCAUGCAUGGAAGAAGAAUGUAUGGACACGAUUUUAUAUGCGCAAGUACGGGAGCAAGGAAGAAAGGAAGAGGUGACCCUAGUUGCAAAGCUUGCACAAAGAUGUUUACACUCGAAAGGGAGAAUGAGACCAACUAUGAAAGAAGUUGCUACUGAAUUGGAAAGUUUUAGGAUGUCUAAAAUGUCGAGUGGUGUUAAUGUUGAAUCAGAAGAUGUGAGAUAUUUUGAAGAUAUGUCUGCAAUGAUUUCAGACACUGAGUACACGUGGACGAACAGUUACAAGAAUGCUUCUGCAUCAUCGUCAGAAACACAUCCGUUAGUGUUAUUUGAAAGUGCGUCAUAAUAUAGAUGCAUUUGUAUUAGACUCAAAUAAGAUAUACGAUCUCUGCGAUUGAAGAUUGGAAUAUUAAUGAAUCGCUUUACAAUUGUUUUUAAGUUUUUUAAAUCAAAUGUUGUGGAUAUUUUAGAUUUGUGGUGUGUUCCUUGGGUAUUUAGUUACUUGAAUUUUGUUAUUGUGU